AUGGAUGACUUGAACAUCCAGGUUAUCAAAAAAAGCCCUCAAUUACACGCGGAAAUAAGCAAUUUAAUCGCUUCACUCAGGCAUGCGUUGAAAGAAUCAGAGAGUAACAGACGCGUCCUUUACCAAUCAUUGACGACUAAAUUGGUCGCCAUUAUUAACGAAUUCGAGCUACAGCCAAGAUUGCUUGAAAAGCAGCUCGGAUCUUAUGUAAAGGAGUUAAGUGAAUUAUUUCUUGAAAAUGUAUUGAUUGGUGAAUUCAUUGGGAAUAUAAUAUACGCGAUUGCUAGAGUGUGCACUUUCAAAACUGUGGCAUUGUUCUUUUCGAGUGAUGUAUAUCUUUUUGAUUGUCUACUCGAAAGGUGUCAUGAUUCAAGCGAGGCGGUGAGGUUUGUUUGCCUACUAUGGUUAUGCAAUUUGGUCAUAGUUCCUUUCCCAAUAAAGACCAUCAGAGUUGAUUUACCUGAACUGUUGAAGAAAACUGCGCAAGUUUCAUUAACGAGGUUUGCUAAUAUUUCAAGAACCCAGGUUGCUGCUCUGAUCUUGUACUCGAGGCUACUAUCUAGACCUGAUUGCCUGGAUAUGCUUGAUUCAUUUUUGGAUUCCAUGGUAAAUUAUUGGCCGAAAGGGGGCUCUAGUCAAAAGUUAGGAACAUUCUUGGUAGUGAACAAACUACUAAAGCGAGUUCAAAUUAGUCAGUCGCAUGUUACAGGGGUAUACUCUUGCAUUAUAGGUGAUCUUUUAGAAUCGCAAAUCUCAAAUAUGAGCUUAGUUUACUCCAUUAAAAUUUUGAGCAAGUUGACUGUAAGUCAUAUCACAGGAGGACUGUUUGUCAACGCGGCUGAAUUGAUAAACAACUUGGUAAAUGACAUAUUAUUGAGUGAUGUGACUUUUGAAACCAACCUUCGCUAUGCCAUGGCUAAGGCAUUAUCCACCAUUACCAAACAACUAUCCUACACAGCUGUCAAUUAUCAAAAUCAAUUGAUCCAGUUUAUAUUGGAUUUAGUCGAUCCCAAAGAAACGAAUGUACCAAAAUUGCACACCGUUUUGUUGUCCUUGGGGUAUAUCUCUUUGUCUAAGAAUUUACCAGUACAGUUUCAAAUAGAUUGUAUUGAGCUUGCUCGACAGCAUCUUUUUUUCAAAGUUCCCAAGGGAACAAUCUUGAUAGGAAGUCAAAUCAGAGAUUCAGCUUGCUUUUUAAUAUGGUCUAUUGUUCGAAACCUCAAGCACGCUGGGCCCACACUAGCUGAAGUAUUUGCAGACUUGUUACAGAUGUUGGUGUUUGACGAAUUGUUGUUGAAAAGAUGUAGCAUUGCAGUUAUACAAGAAAUGUUAGGCAGAGUUGGCAAAGAUCUUGUUCAAGCUACUGACAAGGGCGAGUUCAUUGUAAAUUUUGUCGCCAAGUUGGGCAAUUUGCGUCUAGAUCAGCACGUCAACUACCAAUUCAUUGAUGUCCUCUAUCACGAUAUUGAUUUAAGUUUUCUCAUUAUACCACUAGUUGACUCGAUAUGUGAGGAGGAUGGAGAUGGUCACUACUUAAACAAGCUACUCAACCAACCCCCGGCAUUAGAACUAGUUCCUAAAACGACAGCAAAUUUUGACGAAAUUCGAUCCAAGUUAAAAAUGGCAAACAAGUGGCACAUUCUAUUCCAGUUGGACGCAUUUAAUGAAGGUUACUGUGCGUUUGACAAUUUCGUAUUUGAUGAAUCAAAACUAGAUAUGGUAAAGGGGUACCUUUAUUCUUUGAAAUAUAAGCAGUUGAGCGAGUUAGAUUGGCACAAUUUGUUGAAAAUUCUGAAGUAUGGCAACCUUGUUGGAGAGAUGAGAGAGGUAGUUUCACACCAAAAGGAAUUGCCCAUGCGUGAAGUAUUAUACCACUUGCCUCAUGAUCGCAAUCUUUCGUGUACGGUUUUCUACUUUCCAAAUCUUGAUCGUAAUCAAUACCAACUGCUUAUAAGCAUCAUGAAAGAUGAGCGCGUCGAUGCUGUUGUUCGUGCAAAUAUGAUCACUAACCUUGGUGAGAAUUUGCCCACGUAUUUCAAGCUUGAGGAUAUAUAUAGCCUAUUUGACGACUACACAACCACUGAUCAGGGUGACGUUGGUUCCAAGGUACGAAUAGCUGCUAUCAAUUUGGUGCUGAAGAUUGGGCUCUUGGAUGAGAGUAUCAAAUUAAAAUUGAUACGAUUGAGUGGUGAAUUGAUGGACAAAAUUCGGCAACUUUCUUUCACAGUGUUGACAGGAUUGGACUUUAGUUGGGCAAGGUUAUUACAAUAUUACCACGGACUAGAGGAUCAAGAGUCAAGAGUUCAAUUCUGGAGAGGUAUUACAUUCACAUGUGGUUCGUUUAUUGGAAAUAUUAAAAUCAUCAAUGAAGCGUUUUGUGAGCUAUUGAGUUACAGACCCAAGGUGGGAGAUUUUAACAUCUUGCUCGGGUUCUUGAAUCGAACUGAAAACGCCAGCAAACGAGAUGUAAAACUUGUGUCUAUGGUGUUGCAAAUGAUUUUAAAAAUGUUUGACGCAAAUUAUCAAUUUGAAAACAAGCCAAGUUACCAAGAGCUAUUUGUGAAAUGCUACAACUUACACAUCAACACCAGAAACUUAACCAGAGUCAAGACGGUCUUGCAAAUUUUUGUUCAUAUAUCACAAAGGUGUCCAAAAUUACGGUUGAGAGUGUACGAUAGGUUUUUGUGGAUUUUGAAACAUCAUCCUUCAAAGGAGCUCAGGGCAUUUGUUGGUGAGACUAUACUUUUUGAAGUUGUCGACAGUACUUCCUUUUCGCGUUAUGAAAUAGUUGACUGGUUUGAUAUUAACCAUUCAGAUUUGGAGUUUAUAGAAGGUGUACUCAAAAUACGAGCUUGA